AUGCAAGUACUUAAAUCAAUAUUUGGAAAGGGAUCAUCAUCAGGACCAAGCACAGGCCAGCCAGCAUCACAAUGUGCUCCACCAGAUAACUACUCCAACUUGUUCUUUAAACGUUUGGAGAAAAAGACAAUUCAACCAUUCUGUGGACUGAACAACUCGACCACUCCACCAUGCUUUGAGUUGACCGACCUCUCCAUCGAGACGACCAUCACCGACUCGGCAGUGGUCUCUGUCUGGACACAGCGCUACAAGAAUGGCAACACCUCGCCAGUCGAGGCCAAGUACCAGAUGCCCCUCGCGCCCCAGUCGGCCGUGUCGCGCUUCGUCGUCACCUACGACGACCAGGUGCUUAUCGCCAAGAUCAAGGAGAAGGAGGCCGCCCAGAACAAGUACUCGGACGCCAUCGCCAGCGGCAACCAGGCGUUCAUGGUCGAGAAGAAUGACAAUGGCACGUUCACCACGAUGAUUGGCAACCUGCCCCCCACCAAGGAGGUCACCGUCACGCUCACCAUCGUCUCGGAGAUUGGCACCUACAACGACGAGUACUACUUUGCCCUGCACCGCUACAUGUUCCCAACCAAGCGCUUCAAGCUCGAGUUUAGCCUCGAUGUCCAGCUGUCCUCGCCCAUCCAAGGCGUGCACGUGUUCAACUACGACACCACCGAGUCAAUGGUCGAUGGCAAGCGCGCCAAGAUCAGUCUGGUGCACGAUGGCUCUAUCACCAAGAACCUGAUCGUUGUGAUCAAGCAACAGGACAACACAGACCGUCCCGCCUACUUCCUGGAGAAGUCGCCCACCAGCUCGACAUACGCACUCGGCGUCAACUUCUACCCACAGCUGACCAUCUCGGCCGACGAGGUCGACCAGCGCUCCGAGUUCAUCUUCCUGCUCGAUUGUUCGGGCAGUAUGUCAGGUGGCGCCAUCGCCAAGGCCAAGAGCGCACUGGAAAUCCUCAUGCGUGCCCUCACGGAGAAGUCUAAGUUCAACAUCUGGCUCUUUGGAUCAUCCUACAAGUCUCUGUUCCCAGAGUCCAAGCUCUACAACGAUGAGAGUCUCGACGCUGCCGCAGCCUACAUCACCCAGAUCGAUGCCAACCUUGGUGGCACUGAGCUCCUGCCACCCAUCCAGGCCAUCCUCAAGAAUGAGUAUGAUCCACAGUACCCAAGACAAGUGUUCAUUCUCACUGAUGGAGAGGUAUCACAGAGAGACGAGCUGAUUGACUUUGUUGGAAAGGAGGCCAACACAACUAGGAUCUUCACUUUGGGUAUUGGAGGCGGUGUUGACCGCGAGCUGGUCACUGGUCUGUCGAUGGCCUGCAGAGGCUACUUUGAGUUCAUCAAUGACAACGCUCAGAUGGAGACACAGGUGAUGAAGCUGAUGAGCACAGCCAUGGAGCCAACAAUCUCCAACAUCAAGGUGGACUGGGAUGGCUUGGACCUGACCCAGGCACCCUCCAACAUCAGACCAGUGUUCAACCACGAGCGUCUGAUGAUCUAUGCACUGGUCAACUCGCAGCCCAGCACCACCACCAAGAAGCUAAAGGUCACCGCCGAUGGCCCCACCGGCCAGACACUCACCUACGAGAUCGACGUGGACUUUGAGCAGGUGUCUCGCGCCUCUGACUCGCUCCACACACUCACUGCCAACAUGAUCAUCCACGAUCUCGAGGAGAAGGAGCGCAAGCAGCCCGCUACCAAGGCCGAGUGCAAGGAGAAGAUCAUCGCACUGGGCAAGAAGUACCACCUCAUCUCCUAUCACACAUCAUUCGUUGUGGUGGCCGAGUCGUCCACACCAGUUGAGGACACGAUGGUCGUUGUCGAUGUGAUCAAGCCAACUCCCAUUGUCCAGCCAAGACCACCCAGCAUGCCAAUGCCAUAUCAAUCGAGCAGUAUGGCCUACGGCGGCGCCGUUCCCGCCCCACCACCCACCUUUAGCUCGGCACCUCGCGCGCCAGGCGGCAUGCCACCACAGCGCUCAAUCAGUCCCUGUCCACCACCCCCACCCAUGUCUGGCGGUCCACCCCCUCCACCACCAACUUCAUCAACCUCAUACAUGAUGGACAGCUGCAUGGACGACCUCGCUGAGGAGUGUGAGAAGCUCAGCUGCAUCUCUGCCGACAAGAGCUUGGACAUGAUGAGUGCGCCCCGCGCACCAGCCCCUCAAGGCCUCUUCAGAAAGAAGGAGAUGUCCGCAGAGAGAGAGUCAUCCAAGCAGAAGAUCUCCUUCUCAUCAUCGUCCUCAUCAUCAUCAUCGAUCAAGGAUGAGAAGAAGAAGAGUGUGACGCCAUCAUCCAGUGGCGACCUGUUGAUGGACUUGAUCAGAUCACAAAAGGCCAAUGGCAGCUGGAAUGCUUUGUUGUUCAGUGUUAGCGCCAGUGAGCCUGAUGUAUUGAAGGCAUUGCCAGAUGUCUGGACGACAUUAUUAGUGAUGGCACGUCUUGAGAAAUCAUUCUCUGCCAAGAAGACGCAAUGGGAAAAACUAGUUGUCAAGGCACAAAGAUGGGUCAAGUCUCAGCUGACCUCUGCAUCCAUCAUCGACCAAUUCGACGCACUCCUUGCUCAAGCCAUGUCUGCUGCCUAA